AGGCGGCCCCGCGGGCGCAGGCUCCGAGCCCACCCUGUGCGCUGCCCGCCCGGCCUCCGAGCCCUGUGCGCAGAGAAGGGGAGCUGGAGCCUGGGGCCUGGGCUCCAGGUGCGCCCCGGGGAGGAUGAAGCAGGCCCUGGUGGACGAUACCGAGGAUGUGUCCCUGGACUUUGGCAACGAAGAUGAGCUGGCGUUUAGGAAAGCCAAGAUCAGGCACCCCCUGGCUACCUUUUUCCACCUGUUUUUCCGAGUGAGUGCGAUCGUCACCUACGUGUGCUGUGACUGGUUCAGCAAAAGCUUCGUGAGCUGCUUUGUCACCGUGCUUCUCCUCCUGGCCUUCGACUUCUGGUCUGUUAAGAACGUGACUGGGAGACUCCUGGUCGGUCUCCGCUGGUGGAACCAGAUAGAUGAGGAUGGGAAAAGCCACUGGAUUUUUGAAGCCAGAAAGGUCUCUUCAAAUAACUUCGCUGCAACUGAAGCUGAAGCUCGAAUCUUCUGGCUUGGCCUCAUCAUUUGCCCGAUGAUUUGGAUCGUGUUCUUUUUUAGCACCUUAUUUUCCUUGAAGCUAAAGUGGCUGGCCCUUGUCGUAACUGGGAUUUCUCUCCAAGUCGCCAACCUGUGUGGCUACAUCCUUUGUAAGAUGGGAGGCGAGAGCGGCAUCUGCAGAGUCACGUCCGGUUUUCUGUCCCCGACGGUGUUCCAGGCGUCCUGCCCGGGCGACUUUCAGAAGGCCGGCCUCGAGGGGCUGGAGAUUCACAAGCACUAGGCUUGUCUUCAGAUACAGAAACGGCUUAAGUGAAAGGUUCUAUAAUCAAUCAAGCUUCCAAUAGGAAUUCCAUGAUCCCCCAGCCCAUUUGGUUUUCAUGUAAACCAGGUCUCAGAGGAGAGGUUUUGGAGGAGAUAUUUUUAUUUUUUGAACAGCAUAUUAGUAUUCCCUUUACAUAUAUUUUAAAGAAAAGUGUACAAAAAGUAGAUGAUUAAAGUGUCUCUGAGAAAGUGACUCCGCCCUGUGCCGGCAGCUGGGCCCUGUGUGCCCUGCCCCCCACCGUCCCUGGAGCUGGCGAGGUGGGACGGACGUGCUGCUGGCCCAGCUCCCAGCUCGGUACCUGCUGUGUCGUUACACUCUUGGGUGUUUCAGGAACCGAUGAGGCUCUCUUCUUUCGAAUGGUGCAGAUUACAAAACUCUUGGAUCCCUAGAAAAGAAGCUGAUAAGCACAGAAGCCCUGGCUCCUCUCUGACCCCGGGAGGCAGCCCUGCCCCUUGGCUGUGGAGGCAGCACCUUGUCGGGGCGGCCACGCCGAGGCAGCCUCCUGCCAUCCAAAGCCUCACGUCCGCUGCUGCCCUAGACCCUCAAAAGUGACCCUGAUCCCGCACGAGCCCUUCCUUGGUGAUAAUCACAAGGCUGGAGGUGUUACAUCGGCCUGUUCCAUAAAUCGUGAAUCCUGGGAAUGAAUGUUAUUUACCCUCGACACCAUUUCCCUGGGCAGAUAAAACCCAGCCACAAACUCAGCGGCUGAAGCUCUGACCUCUGAGUUGAGAUCCGAGGCUGCCGAUGGCUGCCCGUCAGCUCGAUCUGGCCUGCACAGGGGUGUGUUCUGACUCCCCACGGCUUUUGUAAAAUAAAACUUCUUUUACAGCUUUAUUAAGAUACACUGCCCAUACCAUAAAAUUCACUGUUACUGUGCUUUUUAAACUAGGAAUUAGUUCAUGACACUUACAGACUGGACGACUGUUCAUAGGUGUCUGGAUUUUUGGUUUCUCUGGCUUCCCUUUUGAGGGGGCCGCUCUCCAGGCCCCACUAGCAGUCUCCCCCCAACCUCCCCAACAGAGGCUGUGUGGCAGCUACCAUUUGCCAUCCUGAGCGGAAGGCUGUUCUCUACCCAGCCCACUUAGCUCACUGUGUUACCUCCUGGCCCAUGGGCCCCGGAGCUUACCAAACUCAAACAACUACUUUUUGUUUUUCCCACUCCAUAAACAUUUCUUGAAUCAAACACUGGGAUCACAAACGUGGCCCAUGCCCUGGAAAAAAAUCUCUUAUAGGGAGGGUUCGUGAAAGGAUCAAACUCAGGAAACCAAAUAAAUAACUUUACAAUCCCGUAACACAAUACACUGUACAGGCAAAAUGUUAGAAGAGAUGCAGAGAGGAAACAGGCAACGAUGGUGGGCCAGAGAGGUUAAAAGUUAGAAGACUAACUUUUAGCUUGGUCUUAUAAAAUGUUUGUCCGGCACGAAAGGAAUAAAGACAUUCCAAACAGAAGUGAUAGCAUGAGCAAAACCACAGUUAAGAUAAUAUACACGUUCAACAGCAACAUCCAGAAAGGUUCAAGGCUGAGGAGUAGUGUGUGAGGAAGGAGAAAGGAUGUGGCUUUAGGACACUGAGAGGACAGAAUGCAACCCUGAAGGCCACACUCCAGGUGUGGACUUUAUUCUGUAGACACCAGAGACCAACAGAAGUUAUUAAGCAAGAGAAAUAAAUGACAUUUAUAAUAUUUGUAAA